AUGCAGAAUAUGUUGCGCGAGCAAAAAAUGUUGCGGGAGCAACAAAACCUUAUGCAAAAUAUGCUAAAUCAAGCGUUAUCAAGGGUUACUCUGCAACCCAUUCAGACACCACCAGAGUCUUCACCAUCCAGAUUACAGACAAAUUUUGCGGGACCCUCUUACGUGGAUAGCACUUUUCCAAGUGCUAUUGCCCCUAGGGUUGACAGGGGAAAGACUCCUCUCACAUACCCAAAUAAUAUUCCUUUGGGUGUUAGGACCGAACCAACCGACCGCAACGAAGAAAGAUUGGGAGGACAGGCUCACAAUCCCAUUCCUGUAUUUGACCCUGUUCCGCCCAGGGUAGAUCCGGAAGACAUUGCUCAAGUCUUGAGAGUGCAUUUUGGAAUGAAUCCUCAGACGGUCAACAGACCAGCAUAUCAGAGGCCUUUCCCAAAAAGAGUCAUCAAUGACCACCCCCUUCCGAGGAAUUACAGACCACCCGAUUUUCACUCGUUUUCAGGAGAAGAUGGAGCAUCAACCAUUGAGCAUUUGUUUGGAUUAUCGCUCACAAGAACAGUUUUUUCAUGGUUCGCUAAUUUACCACCAGGACAGUUGCAAACUUGGGAAGGUCUGGAGGCCGCAUUCCAUGCAAGAUUCUUUAAUCCGCUCCCAACGGUCUCGCUUGCAGAUCUCUUAGAGAUCCGGCAGAUGCCAGAAGAGACUGCUUCUAAAUUUAUAGAGCGGAUACGUCUAAUGAAGGGACGGUGCCCGACAAUCAUUGAAGAAAGCGAGAUGACCAAUUUAGUGGUCAAGAAUAUGCACACCAGAUUGCAGGAUGCGUUGAUCUGCCCAUGA